UUUCCCCAGCUCUAUCCAGCACGGUCACUUCAGUGAAAACUUUUUAGAUUUUGUGUGCGGUUCUUCUCUUAGCCCAAAUAAGUUCAUUAGCGGUGUUUAGUCCCGAAAAGCAACACAAUAUUCUGCAAUUGAAGUCAAGUGCCACGGCCCUCUGCUAAUAUUCCCCCCGCAUUCGAACGAAAAAUGGCAACAUCAGCGAACAACGCGACAGCUGCCGGAGCAGCAAAAGACGCCCCGCCAGCGCCUGCAAAGUCGUUGUCCGGCAUUGUUAAGCAAGUUCUCUCAGGGGACACCGUUGUUAUCCGCGCAUCUAAGGGGGCCCCUCCACCGGAGAAACAAAUAACCUUCUCGCACGUACUGGCCCCGAAGUUGGCUCGUCGUCCUGGCGCCGGCGGAGACGAGACCAAGGACGAACCUUGGGCCUGGGAGUCGCGAGAGUUCCUGCGCAAAAAGCUGAUUGGCGUGGAGGUGACUUUUACCUUCGACAAGCCAGCCAAUUCUAACCGAGAGUAUGGUUUUGUGUGGAUCGGCAAAGAUAAGGAGUCUGGGGAGAAUGUGGUCGAGUCUAUCGUGCGCGAGGGUUUGGUGUCGGUACGCCGCGAAGGUCGCCCUACAGCCGAGCAGCAGACCUUAAUUGAGUUGGAGGACCAGGCACGUGCCGCUAACCGCGGCAAGUGGUCGUCUAACGCAAUUGUCGCUGACAAAAUACGCAACAUUAAGUGGUCUCACGAGAACCCCGCCCACCUGGUAGAUGUCUAUGGAGGAAAUCCUGUCAAGGCGAUCAUUGAGCACGUGCGCGAUGGUUCCACUGUCCGUGCGUUCCUUUUGCCCGACUUUCAUUAUAUUACGUUGAUGAUCUCGGGCAUUCGGUGUCCAGGUGUGAAGUUGGAUGCUGAUGGCAAGCCCGACCUGAGUGUGAAGGUGCCGUUUGCCGAUGAGGCUCGAUACUACGUAGAGACACGCCUCCUACAACGGGAUGUGGAAAUUCGGUUGGAAUCGGUCAACAACUCCAACUUUAUUGGAACUAUUCUGUACCCGAAGGGCAACAUUGCAGAAUCACUCCUGCGAGAGGGGCUAGCCAAAUGUGUGGAUUGGUCCAUGGCUGUUAUGAAGACCGGAGCUGAUAAACUUCGUGCUGCUGAGCGUAUUGCCAAGGAAAAACGCAUCCGGCAAUGGCAAGACUAUCAAGCAAAAACUCCCGCUUUUAACUCUAAAGAGAAGGACUUCUCGGGAACCGUAGUGGAGGUCUUUAAUGGCGAUGCUAUUAAUGUACGUCUCUCCAAUGGCCAAGUGAAGAAAGUCUUCUUUUCGUCCAUCAGGCCGCCACGUGACCAACGUGCUGUGGUUGGCACCGACGGAGAGGAAAUCGUAAAGGCACCUCCACGUGGAAAGAACUACCGACCUCUUUACGAAAUUCCACACAUGUUUGAUGCCCGCGAGUUCCUGCGCAAAAAAUUGAUUAAUAAGAAAGUCCAGUGCAAUCUGGACUACAUCUCACCUCCACGUGAAAACUUCCCUGAGAAAUACUGUUACACCGUCUCGAUUGGCGGCCAAAACGUAGCUGAAGCUAUGGUAGCUAAGGGACUGGCUACUUGUGUUCGGUAUCGCCAGGACGACGAUCAGAGAUCUUCCGCCUAUGAUCAAUUGAUUGCUGCCGAGCAGCAAGCUAUCAAGGGUCUGAAGGGACUACACGCAAAGAAGGAUAACGCUACACUGCGAGUAAACGACCUCACUGUUGACCAUUCCCGAAUUAAGGUCCAAUACUUGCCGUCGUGGCAGCGUGCUCUGCGAACUGAUGCCAUCGUGGAGUUUGUCGCUAGCGGGUCCCGCCUCAGGCUCUUUGUGCCAAAAGACAGCUGCCUAGUCACAUUCCUCCUUGCUGGAAUUUCAUGUCCGCGCUCUUCCCGCCCAGCGGUAAACGGCGUUCCUGCCCAAGAAGGUGAACCGUUCGGUGACGAGGCUUUAACCUUUACCCGAGAGCGUGUUUUGCAACGUGACGUUUCUGUCCAUAUCGAUACCACCGAUAAGGCAGGAUCUUCCGUUAUCGGUUGGCUCUGGACGGACAGCGGGGCUAAUCUGUCAGUUGCUCUUGUUGAGGAAGGUCUUGCGGAAGUGCACUUUAGUGCAGAAAAAUCGGAAUACUACCGCAUUUUAAAGAGUGCCGAAGACCGUGCCAAGGCCGCCAAGAAAAAUAUCUGGACCAACUAUGUGGAACAAGUGCCUGAAGAAAAAACCGUUGUCGAGGAAGAGAAGGAGGACAAGGUGGUGUUAGAGCGCAAAGUUAAUUACGAGAACGUAAUUGUAACUGAAAUUACCGAAACUCUAACAUUCUUUGCGCAGUCCGUGGAGAACGGAUCCAAGCUAGAGUCACUGAUGAGCAAACUUCACGCCGAUUUUCAAUCCAAUCCACCCAUCGCUGGAUCCUACACACCAAAACGUGGCGAUCUGGUGGCAGCACAGUUCACUCUUGAUAAUCAAUGGUACCGCGCGAAGGUCGAUCGAGUCCAGGGUAGUAACGCUACCGUCCUGUACAUCGACUAUGGCAACAAGGAGACACUUCCCACAAACCGUUUGGCAGCCUUGCCUCCAGCCUUUAGCAGCGAAAAACCGUACGCCACGGAGUACGCUCUGGCCUUAGUCGCUCUGCCUACUGACAACGAGGAUAAAGAAGAAGCUUUGCGUGCUUUUUCGGAAGAUGUUUUGAACCACAAGGUUCAACUCAAUGUUGAGCUGAAGGUGGCUGGAUCGCCGAACUUAGCCACGCUUCACGAUCCAACAACUAAGGCCGACUUUGGAAAGCAACUUGUCGCCGAGGGUCUUGUUCUUGCAGAAAAGCGACGUGAACGUAAGCUUAAGGACCUUGUGGACCAGUACAGGGCUGCGCAGGAAGCAGCUCUAGCCGCGCAUCUAGCUAUCUGGAAGUACGGCGACAUUACACAGGAUGAUGCGCCAGAGUUCCGCUAAGAGAUGGCUGGAAAAGUGGAGUAGGCCUGUGGCGUAGAGCGCGUUGCUAGCCGAAAUGUUUGUCUGCCACAUACCCGCCCUUUAUAUACAUAACAAGCAACAACUUAAAGAAUAUGAAAUUACUAAUUCUAUCUAUACACACCAAUAUAUAUGAUACAUAUACCACAUUGGAAAUACAUACAUACAUAUGAGCAAUGGCAUGGAAGAACGCAGUAAAAUUUUUGUAUGCUUUAAGCAGUUGGCAAAUUAUAAAUAAUUACUUGGUCUUUUAGUUUUUUUUCCAAUUAUUAUGAUCCUUUAAAUAAAUAUUUGACACAACGUAGCUACAAUUGGAACCUUCUGCAAGCGCUUCUCAUUUGCUGCUUGUCUAUAUUUGCAGAUUUUAUGUUAUUGUAAAGUGUUUAAUGAAUUACUGAGUAAAUAUAAUUAAAUCAUUUUGUAAAAACAA